AUGCUCGGCUUCACAGUAAGCACUACCCAGGCAGGCGCAAUUAGGGAAUCGAUCCGCCAGUCGACACAACUGCCGAAGGGACUCCAAAGGUCAAUCUAUAUACCGGUGACACGCUUAGAGCCCCUAAGGCAAAAAGCACCUAGCCAGGCAUCGACGCUAUCAACGAUAACCAGGAGCAAAGGCCUAUUCAGACAAAGCGCAGAAGUAAGCAAGGGACAACACAUAUGUCCUCGAGGACCAAGAAGUAGCAAUGCUAGAUACACCGUCAUCGUCAGCACCGGCGGCAUCGGCCAGCAAAUCCCAGCCGUCAGUUUUAUCCCGUACCAGCGGGAACAGACGUAUGUCAAUAAGCAAGCAGAGAGCCGCCGGCAGGCCAAAGGCCACAGGCAAGGAAAAUACCAUCUUCACAGCGAAGGGGACUACCAUACAUAUACCAGGCCCCCAGGGCAAGAACAAGCGUACCCUCAACAAUCAGGUCAACCUCACAAUAUCGGCCCUAUCAUAGGACAGACAUCCAGGAGGAGAGAAGAACCCGCUAAUUCACCAAGAAGCACACCAACACACCAGUUAUCAAUAAAUAAUACACCUUUCACCAUCAUCCAAUACAACACAUACCGGUCGAGAGAUAUCGUUAUAGCGGAUUUCCUAGCAAAGACAGAGGUCUCCAAGGCAGACAUCAUUGUAACGCACGAAUUACUCUUUCCAUCUAGCACAGAGACAGGGGGGAGAGCAAGGACGCACUAUGCACAUAGUGAAUUUUAUCAGGAAGUGAGACUCCAAGCCGGCCUUAGCAAGAUCUGCUUCUUUAAUAUAUAUAACGAGUGUGGUACCACCGGCACAAACGGGGAGCAGACAACGAUUGAUCUGUUCUUCGGUACACCGGAUCUCACUAAGAGAUUAGUAGUGUACGAGCUAGCCCUAGAGUGUCAUACAGAUUCAGAUCACCUACCGAUCCAUAUACUGAUCGACAUAGACACACCUAUAAAGCCGGCAGAGGCGCAGAGACGAAGGCUUUGGAAGGCCAUAGAUACUAAGAAAUUCGACGUGUUCAUGGCUAACAACCUCCCAAUACCACCACCAUUAACAACACCCCGACAAAUCGACAACGCAGUUGACCACCUAAUCGACAUCACCAAGGAAUAUAGAGAGGCUAUCAAGCACUCCCGCCCCAGGAAUCAGAAGGGGAAGGUGAUCAAAGCCGCUCUCCGGCAUGGCUUUAGGAACUUCAUUAAAGAAGCCGGCCAGCAGCAGGGGAGUACUAUACCAGUACUAAAGACAGCGGAAGGAGGGGUUACAGAGACAGACGAAGAUAAGGUAAAUCUACUCCGUAAGGUAUUCUUCCCACAGCCACCAGAAGCAGAUCUCUCCGAUAUACGACACAACCACGCCAGCUACCGAGAGCAGUACCAGCUUCCACCGGUAAGCGACACCGAAGUAAGAGCUACAAUCAAGAAGGCGCCACCCAACAAAGCACCUGGAUACGACACACUGCCGAACAAACUAUGGCGAGUCCUUACAGAGCCAGGCUCACAAUCAGAGAAGCGAUUUAUAUCACUCCUCACUGAGAUCUUUAACGCCUAUGUCCAGAGCGGCUACAACCCCCAGCACUUCCAAACCUCUGUCACAGUGACACUACAAAAGGCGGUUACAUUACUAAAUAUACUCGGUAAGGUCCUCGAAGCAAUCGUUAUAACCCAAAUUACAUGGCUGGUAGAGGAACAUAACCUGCUUCCAGAUAUAUACCUAGGGGGAAGGAAAGGGGUAUCUGUCGACCAUACAAUCCAGUUGAUCCUUAGGCGAGUCCACCAGGCCUAG